AUGGGUUCUCGAUGGAUCCGACCCGAGGUGUACCCACUGUUCGCGACGACCGGCGUGGCCGUCGGUAUUUGUGUGAUGCAACUUGUGCGCAAUAUCACCACCAACCCUGAAGUCAGGGUGACAAAGCAGAACAGGGCAGCUGGGGUGCUAGAGAAUCAUGAUGAAGGGAAGAGGUAUUCCCAACACGGGGUGCGCAGGUUCUGGCUCUCCAAGCGUCGUGACUACAUGCAUGAACUGGACAAUGUGCCCACCGACCGGAAUUAGAUCCAAUUACGGGUCGUCCAUGAGAAGAGGCCACCGUGUUUUCUUCAUC